UUGUAUUAUAUAUUAUAUUACAUAUGAAAAGAGGCCAAAAGAAAAAGACAAAAAAUAAAUAGUUGCCCAAGUUUAUUUAUGUUUUAUCCUUGUUCUCCAGUUUGCCCGACUUCGAGCAUUUGUCCAAUUUAUUAUCUAUGUAAUCAGUGAGGUUGCUCCCAUGUUUUUUGGUAUCAACAAGAAGGAUGCACAAGUCAGACAACAUUCUUUCCAAUGCUAGUUACACUACCAAUUGCCUUGCUCAUCUUGCCAAGUUUCUCAACGACGAAAGGACUGAAGAUGUAGACGUGCCUCUUCCUUCGACAUCAAUCCUGGCAGCAUUGGGGUUGUAAGUUUCACAAACUUUGCUCAAAUUUGUAAAACUUGGGGGGCACUGUUUGCACUCAAAAUAUACCCAUUUUUACUUAUUUGGGCAAUUUGGGUAAAAUAUGGCAUUUGGAGGAUUAAUAUGCAAGAAAGCUAACUUGGAAAGAUAUUUAGAUGCAAGUGGAGGGGUUGGACACUAUAAUAUUGUUUCUCCUAUUUGUUUGGGUGGUGGAGGUUUGUCUAGCAUUUGUAUAAUCAAGAUACAUGCAUGUAUUGCAAGUGGAUGGAAAAGCAUCAGCAAGCUUUCGAGCAAGGAACAUGUGAAAGAAGCCAACUUGCUUCUUUUAAAUGUUAGUUUAUUACAAGUGGGAAAACAUGUGCUAAAAGCUUGUGGUGGAAAUGCAAGUUCCCCUUUUAAUAUUAUUUCUCCAUGCAAGUUGGCAAGUGAAAAGCAUGCAAGCUGUCUAAAGCAAUGGAAUACAAGUUGCCCAAGCUUCUUUCGGGCAGAUACAAAACCUCAGCAGGAGGGUUUCCUCCAGACCUCUAUAAAAAGGAGCAGAUGCACAAGGAUUAUGGACACUCAAACAAACAAACAAAAGCCAAAACUCUGCUCAAGCCAGAUUUGCCUUCAACGAAGCUGUAGUCAGCCCAAGCCUUCAUCCCAUUCGGGAUAAACCUUCACCAAAAAGCCUUCUUUUAUCUAGUUUAUUAGCUCUGCUGCUCACUUGCGGUAUCGAUCUCAUUUGUAGCUGUUAUGUACUCAUUUCCAGCCAUAUAAAUUACAAGCAAUCUGCAAUUUUAGUCACUUUCCUCUGUCAUUUAUAUUUCCAAGCAACCUUAUCAUUUACAUAUUGUUCUAUCUCUCCAUAUAAGUAAAGUCCUUAUUUUUAAGGCAAACAAAGAAUCUUAAUUUGAGCAACUCCCACUCAAAUGACACAAUCUCUUGAUUCGGGCAAAUUCAGGCGCAACCUCAAUCACUCAAAUCCCGUCUACUAGCGGCAUCUAGUAGUGGCACGCCCGCACCCACCAAUCUCAUAUGUGAAGUAAAUCCCCGGCUUGCCCGCAAGGCGCCAUGGCGGAUUUAGGGAGCGAACAUAUCUUGCCAAGUUUCUCAACGACGAAAGGACUGAAGAUGUAGACGUGCCUCUUCCUUCGACAUCAAUCCUGGCAGCAUUGGGGUUGUAAGUUUCACAAACUUUGCUCAAAUUUGUAAAACUUGGGGGGCACUGUUUGCACUCAAAAUAUACACAUUUUUACUUAUUUGGGCAAUUUGGGUAAAAUAUGGCAUUUGGAGGAUUAAUAUGCAAGAAAGCUAACUUGGAAAGAUAUUUAGAUGCAAGUGGAGGGGUUGGACACUAUAAUAUUGUUUCUCCUAUUUGUUUGGGUGGUGGAGGUUUGUCUAGCAUUUGUUUAAUCAAGGUACAUGCAUGUAUUGCAAGUGGAUGGAAAAGCAUCAGCAAGCUUUCGGGCAAGGAACAUGUGAAAGAAUCCAACUUGCUUCUUUUAAAUGUUAGUUUAUUACAAGUGGGAAAACAUGUGCUAAAAGCUUGUGGUGGAAAUGCAAGUUCCCCUUUUAAUAUUAUUUCUCCAUGCAAGUUGGCAAGUGAAAAGCAUGCAAGCUGUCUAAAGCAAUGGAAUACAAGCUGCCCAAGCUUUUUUCGGGCAGAUACAAAACCUCAGCAGGAGGGUUUCCUCCAGACCUCUAUAAAAAGGAGCAGAUGCACAAGGAUUAUGGACACUCAAACAAACAAACAAAAGCCAAAACUCUGCUCAAGCCAGAUUUGCCUUCAACGAAGCUGUAGUCAGCCCAAACCUUCAUCCCAUUCGGGAUAAACCUUCACCAAAAAGCCUUCUUUUAUCUAGUUUAUUAGCUCUGCUGCUCACUUGCGGUAUCGAUCUCAUUUGUAGCUGUUAUGUACUCAUUUCCAGCCAUAUAAAUUACAAGCAAUCUGCAAUUUUAGUCACUUUCCUCUGUCAUUUAUAUUUCCAAGCAACCUUAUCAUUUACAUAUUGUUCUAUCUCUCCAUAUAAGUAAAGUCCUUAUUUUUAAGGCAAACAAAGAACCUUAAUUUGAGCAACUCCCACUCAAAUGACACAAUCUCUUGAUUCGGGCAAAUUCAGGCGCAACCUCAAUCACUCAAAUCCCGUCUACUAGCGGCAUCUAGUAGUGGCACGCCCGCACCCACCAAUCUCAUAUGUGAAGUAAAUCCCCGGCUUGCCCGCAAGGCGCCAUGGCGGAUUUAGGGAGCGAACACGUGUAUUGCCCUAUGAUAUGCAAAGAAAAUAUACAGAAAGGGAUGGGAGCUUCCAAGAACCAUGCAAUAUCUCUUCCUGAAAGAGUCGGUACUGCAAUGUUGAGCUUAAUUCUUGAUUACUGCCGAUUUCAUCAAGUACCAGGUCGCUCGAACAAGGAAUGCAAGGCUUUUGAUGAAAAAUACAUCCGAAUGGACGCAAAGUUGCUCUGUGAGUUGACUUCAGCAGCUGACAGCCUCCAAUUAAAACCAUUGGUGGAUCUUACUAGUCGUGCUCUUGCACGAAUAAUUGAAGGGAAAACACCUGAGGAGAUACGUGAAAUAUUUCAUCUCCCUGAUGAUCUUACAGAGGAAGAGAAGUUGGAGCCUUUGAAAAAUUCAACUGACGAUCCACGCAUUCGACUUUUGAAUCGAUUAUAUGCAAGAAAGAGGAGGGAACUUCAGGAAAGAGAGAAAUUGAAGAAUGACGAGCUCGAAGAAGAGCAAAACGAUGAACGUUCAGUUGAUGAUCUCUUGUCAUUCAUUAAUGGAGAAAUUGGAGAUUCCAAAGGAAUUAAAACUUCCAAGAACAAAAAGAAGAAUCGCAGGAGAAAAGAUCAGCAGAAAAGCACGUGUCUAUAUGAGGCCAAUGAGAUCCAUGAGGUGUCGAGCAAUCUUAACUUUGCUUGCCCCAGUGAUGAACUCAACAAAUUUACGCCUAGUUCUAGUUUGACAUUAAAGCUACAAGAUCUAAAGGAUGAUAGGGUGGAGGAUAUGAUUGGGUUUGAUGAAGGUGAUAUUGAUGAUGAGAUUGAUCCGGCAUUGAAGGAAAAAAUUGAUAGGGAGGUUGAAGAUUUUGCUCGGAGGUUAAAUUCAGACUGGCCUGAAAGGAUGCAAGAGAUCCUAUCUUUGGGUCAGGAAAGGAGGCCUGUAACAUUUUCCAUUAAUGGAAACAGUUCUUUCAGAAGAUAUGCUUGUUACAAAUGCUUUACAUGUUUCUCCUUUCAACUAGCUUUUGAACCUAAUGACAUGCCAUGUUCCUUAAGACCAAGGGUGGAGGGCGAGUGCUAAUCCCGGUGGGUCUGUGAAACUUACCUAUGCAACCCGAAAAGAAAUUGUUUUUUCAACAUUCCUCUUUACCAUAUGAUAUCCGUAAAAGCAUAUAGUUGUGGAGCGAAAGUUGGAAAGUAUAAUCUGUUUUCCUGUCUCCUACAUGUGGUUUUCCAAAAUCUCUUUUUUUUUCAUGGGCUGAUUGAUAUUAUGCAUUAGAAUUUUUUUUCGUAUUCCUGGUUAUUCAUAAUUGGCUGUUCUGUUUCUAUCACGUUCUUAUUUUACUAAGUGAGAGGAAUUGAUAUGGACAUCGUUAUUUCCUCCCUUCCCUUUUCAGUCAAGUUAGCUGUGCAUUAGCUAUUUGAUUAGUGAUAUUCCCGCACCCAGACAAGCUUAAUUCCACUAGUAUUGUACCAAUCCUGAAUGUUUGAUCAAUAUUUGAAUACACUGUUUUAUCUGCUUCUGCAUCGUUCUACUGAAGGAUCAAAACAAGCCACAAACAAUAAACUGUAGAGCACUUACUCAGCAUUACAUUCCCUUUUACUCCUCUUACCUCUCGUGCAUACAGGAGUACAUCCAGAGUGGAAACGGCUCGAACAAAACUCUCAUCAGCCACAGGCUGGAACAAUUUUGACCAGAUGCUAACAGGCUACCAAGAGUUCCAAUUCUCAUUUAUUUGGACCCAAACAUAAUUAUUUUUUCCCUUCUUCAUAAUUUAAUCUUCUUUUGUUGGGGUAAUUAGCCGGAGUUGGAUUUUGGGGGCUUCUGUUUGGUAUGUUAAGGCAACAAAUAAAUAAAAAUAAUAAUAAUUUUGCCUUUGUUUUCAUGAGCCAAACUUGUUCGUUUAUCACAAGCUUGUAUGAGAUUACACAAACUGGUCGUCUCACUUAUUUUUGAAUUUGUUUAACAAGUUCAAUGUAGUUUUGAAAUUUUAA